AUGUCGGAGACGGGCGUCCCGCUGGCGGCCGUAUCCGACCCUUACAGGCCCGGAGGCAAGCUGCCACGUAUGCCGCCGGACUUCAACGUGUACGCCAUCGACCGGGAUCCGGCGGCAGUGGUGGUUACGCGAGGGCCGCCAUACGACGUCUCCCCCUUGUUACUCUCUAAACUGGUGGUCGCCGUGUACUGUGAGACACGCGAUUUUCAGUUUGUGUUCGUUUCUGCGUACGCGCCGCCCCAUCGAUCGAUGGACGACACCUUUCGCGGCAUUGAGGAGGCUAUCGCGAAGGCCCGCACGCCUAACAUCGUCGUCGCGGGUGAUUUCAACGCGAAGCACCCGGCGUGGGGUCCCUGUGCGGGGGACGAACGCGGCGCCCGCCUUAUAGAGUUUGCCGGGGCGAACCGCCUCGUUGUUCUUAACGAUCCCCAGUCGCCACCAACGUACGAGACGCGCUACGCGGCCAGCUGGCUCGAUGUCACACUGGCGGCGCCGGCCCUCGUCGCGGCUGGGUUCGAUUGGACCGUUUGCGAGGACAUCACGUUCUCCGAACAUAAGAACGUUGCGGUUCGCAUCGGCGCUGUUCGCGACGGUCGUUCUCGCCGUCUGACCCGCUAUGCGCGGGAGGAAUUGUUGACCGCCCUCGCAGGCGAGCCGUGGUUCGCGCGGGUUUCGGGGGCUACCCUACAAUCACCGGGCGCUCUCGACGAGAUACUUGCGGGGUUCCAACGGCUCUUUGACCGGUAUUACCGGGCAAACCUCCGCCCUGUCAAGGGCCCGGGGAGGCCUUGGUGGACCCCGGCGCUGGCGCGGGAAAGACGCGCUGUGAACACGUUGCGGCGCAGAUAUCAGCGAAUUCCGCGCGGAAUACAGCAGGGCCCUCGCGGUCUUUCGCUGCCACGUUCGCGCGGCCAAGACCUCGCACCUCCGCGCGUGGUACACUAG